AUGGAUGUCUGUAAUGGAAGAGGGACAGAACAUGGAGAGGGAUGGCUUGCUGCUGCAAUGGUGACUUGUGAUUGUGGAAGACUUGUUGAUGCAGAGAUGUUCAACCCUUUAGCAGCAAAAGCAGCCACCAUAAGUUUGUCAGCAUUUGGACUGGGAGGGCCAUUUGGCUUUGGUAACUUCUCUAAGAAGUGGAAGAAGCAGAAGAAGUCUGAGCCGUCCAGCAAGAGGGAACCCUCUUCUGAGAAAGGAAAUGUAUCAAAACACGAGGCACUGGGAAAUGCUUGGUUAGAAACAGGAAACUGCCCAAUUGGCAAGACCUACAGAGCAGUGAGCCGUGUCCUCCCUCUUGUGGCAACAGCUCUUCAGCCACCACCUGGUAUGAAGUUUAGAUGCCCUCCAGCAGUAGUUGCUGCAAGUAGGGCCAUAAAUUUUUGA